CACCUGGUCUUCUGCUACGUCUUCAUCGCCUCGGGGCUGAUCAUCAACACCAUGCAGCUCUUCACUCUCCUUCUCUGGCCAAUUAACAAGCAGCUCUUCAGGAAGAUCAACUGCAGACUGUCCUAUUGCAUCUCAAGCCAUAAUUGACAGACUUCCCCAUCAAUUAUUUCACAAUAACCAAGGCCGUGUAAAAAGAGUGCUUAGGAAGCUUUGCUGGGCCACUGAUCAGCCAGAGAAAGAGACAGUUCGUGGGCAGUUCGGCAGCUUGACUAGGAGAUUGCUCUGCAGCGUCUGUGCUUCCCUCUGAGUUAGGAUGAAAACUGUUCAUGGCCGUAAUUGUGUCUUCUGGCGUAUAAAUCACUCUGAGCUUAGACAGUCAUCAGCAUUCAUCAUUUGCAGCUGAUUUUCCAAGGAAAAAACCGUUUCUUUCAGAGGCGGAGCCCUUCCAUCGCUGCGUUCGUUUGCGUCUAGCACAGAGCUGGUGAUGCUGCUGGAGUGGUGGUCGGGCACGGAAUGCACCAUCUUCACGGACCCGCGCGCCUACCCCAAGUAUGGGAAGGAAAAUGCCAUCGUGGUUCUCAACCACAAGUUUGAAAUUGACUUUCUCUGUGGCUGGAGCCUGUCUGAACGCUUUGGGCUCUUAGGGGGUUCCAAGGUCCUGGCCAAGAAAGAGCUGGCCUACGUCCCGAUCAUCGGCUGGAUGUGGUACUUCACCGAGAUGGUCUUCUGCACGCGCAAGUGGGAGCAGGAUCGCAAGACGGUCGCCACCAGCCUACAGCACCUCCGGGACUACCCCGAGAAAUAUUUUUUCCUGAUCCACUGUGAGGGCACACGGUUCACGGAGAAGAAGCACGAGAUCAGCAUGCAGGUGGCCCGGGCCAAGGGGCUGCCUAGCCUCAAGCACCACCUGUUGCCGCGAACCAAGGGCUUCGCCAUCACUGUGAGGAGCUUGAGAAAUGUAGUCUGCUGCGCGCUACCCUCUCCAGUGGAGUCAAGACCGUGUGGACUCCCUCAUCAGGAGACCUCACUGAAUCCUGUUUCCUCUGCUGACCAGCUGUGCGACCCUGGAAACAAUGAAAAUCCAACACUGCUGGGAGUCCUAAACGGAAAGAAAUAUCAUGCAGAUUUGUAUGUUAGGAGAAUUCCACUGGAAGACAUCCCUGAAGACGAUGCCAAGUGCUCGGCCUGGCUGCACAAACUCUACCAGGAGAAGGAUGCCUUUCAGGAGGAGUACUACAGGACGGGCACCUUCCCGGAGACGCCUAUGGUGCCCCCCAGGCGGCCCUGGACCCUGGUGAACUGGCUGUUUUGGGCCUCAUUGAUGCUCUACCCUUUCUUCCAGUUCUUGGUCAGCAUGAUCAGGAGCGGGUCUUCCCUGACGCUGGCCAGCUUCAUCCUCGUCUUCUUCGUGGCCUCCAUGGGAGUUCGAUGGAUGAUUGGUGUGACGGAAAUUGACAAGGGCUCUGCCUACGGCAACUCUGACAGCAAGCAGAAACAGAAUGACUGACUCAGGGAUGUGUCGCCAUCCGAAAGGAACCUUGGGGAACUGGUGGCCUCUGCAUAUCCUCCUUAGUGGGACACGGUGAAGAAGGCUGGUGAGCCCCUGCUGGGCACGGCGGAAGUCACGGCCUCUCCAGCCAGGGAGUCUGGUCUGAAGGCUGGAUGGGGAGGAAGAUGUUCUGUAAUCUUUUAUUCCCCACGUGCUUUUGUGGGCUUUGGUUUUCUUUUUGUGUGAGUGUGUGUGAGUGGCUGUGUGGUGAGCCUGAGCUUUGUUCUGUGAUAAUGGAAAGGGUAUUUUAGGCUGCAGGGGAGGGCAGGGCUGGGGACCGAAGGGGACAAGUUACCCUUUCAUCCUUUGGUGCUGAGUUUUCUGUAACCCUUGGUUGCCAGAGACAAAGUGAAAAGUGCUUUAGGUAAGAUGACUAAAUUAUGCCUCCAAAAAAAAAUUAAAGUGCUUGUCUGGGUCAUCUGUGGAGUAUGUCUACACAGUACUGCCCCUCAUCCUGCCCUUGGCCAUGGCUUUGGUGUUUCAGAUCCUGCUCACAGGAGGCAGCUGCUGCAGAGGCAUGGGCAGUUCAGAGGGGUGGGGAGGCCAGCACAGCUCCUUGCAAGAGACACAGGUCCAGGUGCUCGUGAGCAUUUGUGAGGGCAGAAACAGCGAGCACGUGCGUGGAAGAUGACCAACCUAGCACAUUCUUGGCACACAGCAAGGGAGAGUUUCUCUCAGUCUCUGCAGUGGAGUUUCUCGGCAUAAAAGUCUUGAAGAUGUGCCCAACUCUCUGAAGAAACUGAUCUUCAGGUUGAAUGAAUGUACAGCCUGGGGACUCCAGUGAUUUGAGAGAUGGGCUUGCAUUAACAACUGUUCCUCUCAGCAGUGACAGCCAAAGUUGGAUCCCCUAAAGAAAUGCAGGUUCACUUUAUAAAAAUACCUGGCCCUUCCCAGCAUGUAGAGCUUGUCUAUGCCCUAAAGCAGCCAGGUUCUGCUCUGAUCAAGGUCAAAUCAGAGCCAACAUCCCAUGUAUGAACCCCAGCCCCCCGAGGCUUCUGCCUUCCUUCUGGGCUCCUGCCUGCUCCCAUUUUACUCCACGGAAGAGUUCUGCCCCAUAGCAUCUCCAGUGGCCUUUGCAGACUGCUGUCAGCCAACAGGUGCCCAAAAUGCAAAACAAGAAGGAAGAAAAAGCAGUGCUAUUUUUGCAGAACAAUUAAAUACCAGCUAUUAUGUCGUCUUAGGCCGAGUCACCAAUGGCACUUGGACAGAGGUGUAUUUGGAGCAUGAGUUAGGCAGGAUACAUCGCUCUCCUGGUGUGCAGCUGCAAACUGCCAAGUAGAAGCUGCAUGUGUAACAUGAGAAGGAAUGAACUGCUCCCUACGAAAGUGGCCAAAGAGUCUAAGGCAUAUCCUAUGCAGUCGUCAUGGUUUUGGCUGUUUGCUUAUUUAGUCACUGUUUACCAAGCACAACCAAACUAGAUAGGCCAAGGAGUUACAAGAGAGCGCUAGAGAAGAUCCCUCACUGCGGGACAGUAAUGCAUUGUUGACACAAAUGAAUUUGAAUCCACAGAAGCGAAAAAGGGAACAAAUCCUGGCUGACUUGUGGGAAGCGCAUACUGCAGAGCUGGACGCUGAGUAAACUUGCUGGCAGCGCUGCAGGCAGGCCUGAUGGGAGCGCCCAGCACAACUGCCCACCCUGCACACGGCAAGAAGCACUGAGUGCAGAGUUUUGUGGGCAAAAGCCCAGGACGUGACCCAGGCAAAAUGGGCCUUUGGAUAAGUGGAGGUUUGCACGGUGUGUAGCCUGUGUGUCUGAGGCCUGUGCUGAUUCUCUGGCUGGUCCCAGAGGGCCCGUGAUGCUGUGAGGAACGCCGUUCACCCCGGUUCUGCAGCUCAUCGGCUGUAGGACUUGGGUGAGACACUUCCUUGCUGACUUGUUCCCCAUUCGCACAAUGGGGGUAAUGAUACCUACCUCUUGGGCUGGAAAGGGUAAAAGAGGCACACUUCUUUAAGAAUCCUAAAGCACUAAUCUGAGGAUGAAAGACUAGAAAGCUGCCUCUAUGUUGCUACUUCUAAAAAAUGCUCAGAAAUUUUCUUGUCGUACUAAAAAUGUGUCAUUUUCUCGUUGUCAUUCUUCCAUUCAACACAGAGGUAACAUAAGUUCUAAAAACACAGAUCCAGGUGCCCACAGACAUUCCAUUUUCUUCUGAAUUGGCUCUGGUAUCACACAAAACACAAGCAAGCAAACAGGUGGCCUGCUAGGGCCUUAGGUGCCAGGCUGGAGGAAUGCAGGCAGAAGAAUUCUCCCAGGAGGUAACUAAGCCCUAGGUUUUGAAAUGCCCUAGAGCUGAAAGAGAAUGUGGCAUGCUGGGGGAGAGACAUCUGGACCUUUCUCAUCAGUCAUUUGGCCUGUCCAUGAAGAACAAUGUUGUUAUGUGGCCUGGGGACCUAGUUUCCUUGUACCCUGCACCCUUAAUGACACAGACAGCCGCAGGUACUCCUGGCCAGCUCUUCACUCUUCCUCAAAUCUCUUCACCCAUGUUCAGGUCACACAGAGGUCACCAUCUCUUCAGCAAAGAACUUUGGCUCCCAUGGUGUUAAUUUUUCUAUGAGUUAAAAACCCAUGGAGUUUAAGCCAUCUUUUUGUGCCCUAAGUAGAGCUCCAUGGACUAAGAGCUACACUUCCUGUCUUUUCCACUUUUUCCCCUCGUUCUAGCUUAGAGCUUAUCACCCUACUGAGAGCCUGUUCUGUAAUUCAAAGUGGCAGAGAAAAAUACAAACCUUGACUGAACUCUGGAGGGCAAUGCAGGGUCAUCCCCAGACAUCAGGGGCCAUAUGCUAGACGUCUCCUGCAGCUUGGAGGCAGGGACUUGAAUGGACUUCUUCCAGGAAACCCAGCCCAUGGGGACUCUCUUAAAAGACACCAACCAUUUCGAAGAUGAAGCUUGAGGUCUGGGGGAAGUGGACUGAUUCUGCGACUACUAAGUUAACAUGAGUAACCAGGAGAAGGAAGUAAGGCACUCUGUGAGUCAGUCUACCACCCUGCUUGCUUUUACGGAGAGAAAACAAACUUUUUUCAUGUGAUCACACAGAAACUAGAAUAUCUCAACUGCUGUAUUCUCUAAACAAAUGCAUGCGAAGCCUUGUAAACGUAGCUGACAAUUAAAUUUUAAAACAUUAGGAGUUCUUAAUAUUUCCAUACGUGGGACAGAAAGUGAUUUAAAUUUCAUUAAUUGUCCAGCCAAAUUUAUAGUGGUUGAUGUGACAGGCACAGAAAAGACUCCACUGGAAUGGAGGAGUGGACCGGCUAGUCCCCAGGCAAAACAGAAUGGACUUUAGACUUACAUAAAUAUCGACCAAAGUGGGAAGAAAGGCAUCCAGUGAAAAUUCUCUAGAGUCUCUACUCCUGCUCAAAAGAAGAGAUUUCAUCCAGCUUUCUCUAAAGCAAUGCCAGACUCUCCACACAUUUAUUAGGUUAAAGAUAAAUAAAUACUUUGGUUUGCCCGUCUCUUGAGGGGCCCUAGGCUAUCUGGAGGAAUAUUCGUGAGCUGCCAUUUGUGUUUAAAAGAACAUGGAAGCGCACCUGUGUCUGUAGCUGACCACUGGGCCAUCGCUUCCUUCCCCCAGACUUUACAGGAGCACCCCAAAAUGUGACUCCCCAAGGUCCUGUGGAACAGUACCCUCAUACUGCCUCCCCACAACUGUGUCUGACAAUGCCUUAACUGAAGUAGCUCCUAAGUGAGGUUUAGAGGGAAGGAAAUACUUAAGCAAGCCUAUAUGCAACAUACUCACGGAUGUGCUGGCUUCGCCAUGCUUUCUGACUCUCCUGGUCCUAGUCACGCCUCGGUGCAGGGGGCAGAAGCGGCUGAGCUCUGCUGACAGGUGCUGCUGGGAGAGAGUAGCCGUUCAGCUGAGAAGGCAUUUCUAGGCAAGGGUGGGCGAGCUGGCACUCUAGGCUGCUGAGCACGGCAUCUGCGAACGUGCGAACGCACUGCGUUGCUCCACAGUCCGUCCAGAAGAGACCAGCAUCUUGCAUCUCAGAAUCUGGGCUCAUUCUUUGCCUCUGCCAAGGAGCCAUUUAGGGGCUUCAAGCCAGCUGCUUAAACUCCCCCUUUUCUGGAUUUUUCCCCAUCUACAUAAGGAAAUGGUGGCUGUGUGGACAAGAAAGUGGUUGCAUCUCAGUAGGGUGUUUCCCUACAAGUAUCUUCAGAAAUAUAAUUGUAAACGAUUUUUGAACAUUUUUUUGGCCAGGAUGAAUGAAGCUCAAGUCACAUCCUCAAUGUGCAUGCUAGAUAGCACAUAAAUAAGCAAUCUUUAUAAAUGCCAAUCCCUCUCACUCCAAAACUGGAGCCUGUAAUGAAGGCCCAGGGCCCCCUGGUUGUCACAGAAUCCCCCACACCAGCACAGUGCCUGACACCUACCUAGGCAUUAGCGCACAUCCAGCAUGCUCAUUUACAUCCUCAGCAUCUCUGCCUCCUACAGCCAGGGCUUAGACUGAGUGUUCCCAGAGUGUCAAGUACAUUGAAACAUAUACCAGAUGCUCCAGGUGUUUUGAGGUUUUGACCUGUCACAAUGGCUUUUGAAAACAACAGAUGUACAACUUGAGAGAGGGACUUGCUGGACUUAGGCCGAGGACCAAGGACAUGUUGCUGCCCCUCUUGGUCCAGGACAUUCGAUACCAUUCAGAGAAUUCAUCACCAGUUGGCACAGUAGCCAAUCAUGACAUUCAACUGCCUGAAAUUACUCUUUUGGUCAAAAAUUAAGAUAUCAGAAAUUACACCUACAUAGUAUGUCUCCUCAUUGGAGUCCCAUCUCUCUGAGCACAGAGGUGGGCUCUUAAGCUCAUGGCCCUGCCCCAUCCCCCUCAGGGCCUCACCAUAGUGGCCCUCAGUGAACAGUGACUGCAUGAAGGGGGCACUUACUAGAGGCCUGAGUAAUGGAAUUUCAAUUAUCUUCUGAUUCCCUUACCUAAAAAGAACCACCUUCCUCAAGAACAAUUAGGCCAAAAUGAACUUGAGUGCUUUGUGCAGUCAAUACUUUGUCAUUUUGGAGUUACCAGUAAAAAAGCAAGCUGUUCUCCGCGAACAGACAUGCAGGUUCCCGGCCAGGCCUUCCUCACCUCCUGCAGCCUCACCCUAGAGGGUUAAUACAAAGGUUGUGAAUGGGUUAAAAAGCAGUUCUUCAGCACCUGCUUAGAUCUUUUCAGUAUCUGGAAAUAUCCACCAGGGCUGUUAGUAAAGCUUUUCAUUGGGUAAGACUCAUAGAAUUUUUACAUUUGAUAUUUUUUUAAUACAAGGCAGUAUUGUUUUACACGUUGGAAUGAUGAGGUAUUUUUGACAUUUAUGGCACCUCUGUUUCUGUUGAAUUUUAAGGAGGUGAGUGGCAUGAACACAAAGGUUGCUGCAUAAUAAUUCCUUUGCAUUUCAAGAAUAAAUUAUUCAAAUGUCACUUUUCCUUUUUCUAUUCCAUAAUACUAGUUUUAGCCAGAUCUUUGCCAAACAUUCUAGGAAAUUCAGAAAAGUCAUCCAUGGAAUUUCGGAAUGCCAUUCUCUGUCUGUGCACGUGAUGAGGAAGGAAAGGUGAUGAACUAGCACAGGGUGGCCCAGACUUGCAAAGUGUCUAAAUCACAACACUACAGAGCCAGCUCCCAGGUAAGAAUGGCAUAGCCUGGGACGACCUAAUGCUACAGCUGGAGCUUCCUGACUUGCAUCUGAGGCAAAAACAGCAAGGCUGGCCCAGGCCUCCCACAGGCACACAGGCAAUAGAUGUUGAUGGGAAACGGAGCAGCCCCUCUUUUGCUUGUUCUAUCAAAGAAAGAGGUCUAACCACAGGCAAGGGUGGAACACACUUGGCUCAGGUCAGGGAAUGAGUUGCUCUAAGUGAACAGUGAAUGCUUACCUUUCAGCCUGCAUCAGCUGUACCCAGGGUUCGUGAUGCUUGUGAACCACUAAGGGAUGAUCUUUGAGGAAACAGACUUGGAGGGAGGCAAUUUAAGGACGGAAGGUGAGUGGGUUAUAGAGACUGCUUUGCAGCCACAUUCAGGAACGGAGCAUUCAAUGGCUGACUUUUGAGUACAUAAAAGCAAGCAGUAAUGGCUAGGAGAGAGCAAAGAUGCCCUAAGAAUGACAUCAGUCUGACCAAAUGUGCCUUUUCAAAUCAGUCAUGAGAACUAAUGAACUGGAAUUAUAGCAAGGUAUUGGACAGAACCAUGCUAGCCUUUGAGAGAAUGUGUGUAUUGGGUGGAUGUUUGGAUUGGAUGAAUGGUAACUUUUUAAUGUGAAACAGAGAGCUGAUAUAUGGGCUGUCAUGUCAACCUGGGGUACUGUCCCUCUGUCAUGUGUAGCAAUCUUUCCAAAUUUUUGUUGUUGGGUUGAACAAAGAUAAAACUAAUAAAGUAUGUGGUGGACACUACUAGA